AUGAUCGCUCAGAGUACUAGAUUAGCCGCCGCCGUCUCCUCUUCGGCCGCCUCCGCCAGUGUUUCAAGGAUAGCCGCCAGCGCCAUGGCUAGCGCUAUCUUCAAAAGAUCUCCGGGAAACUCGUUCAACUCGUUUAAAGAAUAUAGGGAAAAUGCCAAGACAUACGGGCCAUUGAGUGCCUCGCUAGCUACCAGGAGACACUUGGCCCACCCUCCUAAGUUGUAG